AGGUCAGUUGGGGAUGCCUACUUCGCCUGCCACGCCCCUCACCCCUCUCUUCGGCCCCACACAGCAGCUUGACUUUGAACUCGAGAUGCGUGAUUCCUUCUUUCCUUCUCUGCUCUCCUCUGCUGCGUUAACCCUCUCCCUGCCACCACCGCCCACCACACCAACCACCCCCUACCGCACCGACUGCCGCCCAACCGCACAGGACCCAGAGCCACUGCCGUACCUCCAGGACCCCAACCCACUCACCUUCGACAUUCACCUGCAGGUCUCCCUUGCUCCCUCCGCACCUCCUUCCCCUGCGGCCCCCACCACCACAUCGCAUCCUCCUCCUUCCUCCCAACCCCCGGUUGCCCCAGCAACCUCACAACCCACCACAGCAGCGCUCCCUCCAACCGUCCCUCCGCCUGUGCCUCCUUGCCCACACGCCCUACUCUCCACUGAAGCUCUCGACUCGCAUCCCCUUGUCGAUGGGGAUGCUUCUCUCUCCUACAGGCUGCCGCCUGUUCCCGUGUGCAGCAGCAACUUCAAACACCUCUACUGGACGGUGGCACAGCAAGUGGCGCAUCACACCAUCAACGGCUGCCCCCUGCGUCCGGGCGACCUGCUCGCUUCAGGCACCAUCUCUGGCCCGGCAGAGGGCAGUGAGGGGUGUCUGCUAGAGCGCACACAGGCAGGCAAACUCACCCUCGAGCUUUCCUCUCAGGGAUGUACGGUGGUUGACAGCUCUUCCCAAGCCUCCGGCCAAGGCUUAGGCCCGGGGACUGUGCGCCGAACGUACCUGGAGGAUGGGGACGAGGUCAUCAUGACGGCUACCUGCCAGUUGCCUCAUGGUGUAAGGAUUGGAUUUGGAGAGUGCAGAGGUGUAGUGCUUCCUUCGACGUUUGCCGUGACGCGUGGUGGCUCUAAGCUAGGCGGCUCCAAACUAGUCCGUCAGCUCUCCGUCAAAGCCGUCAAGUUCUGUCAAUCUCCGUCAGCGCACGUCAAGCGUGGCACGCGGCGGCAAAUGGAGGGGAGCAGCAGCACGGCAAUGUCAAUGUCGAUGGAGGCGCUACAGAUGGCCAUGGCGGAUGACGUGGACCAAUGGGAAGCCGCGGACGACCCGCAGGGCACCCUCAGCAUGAUGGCCAUGCUUCUGGGCGGCGGGGAUGCGAGUUUGGGCGGCACAAACGACGUUUUCCUGGGCGGCAGUGAGUUUCAAUUGGGCGGCGCGAGUGACAUGCUGCUGGGCGGCACGUCAUUGGAGGAUCUCCUGGGUGGCGGCGGUACCCACGGCGGCAAUGGCGGCGGAAUUGGCGGCGGAAUUGGCGGCGGCAAUGGCGGCGGUAAUGGCGGGCUGAAUGACGGCAGCAUGGUGUAUGGCCAAGGCCAGUGCGGCUCCGGCGCUAUGGGGUCUGACAUUGACAGCCGCAUUGCCAGCGUCAUCAUAAACCGUGGCCAUGAUCCGAGCGGAGCUCUUCUUGAGGCGGCUUAUAACGGGGCACAGCCCGUGGGGUAUGAUUAUCAGGCCAGCGCUCAUCAUGCCACUCACAAUGGCGCCUUGCCUGCUGGCAACCACGGCGCUUCGGCUGGUCAGUGGGAUGAGCAAGUGCGUGAUGCUUCCACUGUUGGGCACAGCAGCAUCGUUGGUCUCGACUCGUCCGCUACUGAUGCAGCAGCAGGGGAGUCAGAGUCGGAUCUCCCGGCCUUCCAGCGGGAGAACCAGGCGCUGGCUCUUGCACUACUGCGCGACGCUGACCUCGGCUUCUCGCCUCCCUCCCAAACUGCUGCCCCUGCUGUUGGUGUGGCUGGUAGUGGUGCUGGUGCUACUGCUGCCGCCGCCGCUGCUGCUGCGUAUUCGUAUGACGUCAGUGGAAGCAUGAGUGGCGGCGGGGCGGCAGGCGCGGGAAUGAGCAGCUGCAGCCUGGGCGGCACGGCCAGCAUGGGCGGCGGGACGAGCUUGGGCGGCGGCGCCAGCACGGGCGGCGGCACGAGCAUGGGCGGCGGCACAAGCAUGGGCGGCGGGACAUCCACGGGCGGCGGCGGGGCGGCAACGGGCGGCGACAGCAGCGACCCGGAGGAGCAGGGGUUGGCCAAGGGCACGUGGUUACCGGAGGAGGACGGUGUGCUGAUGGAGUAUGUGCGCUGCCACGGGCCGCGCAACUGGGGCGCGCUCAGAGCCAGAGGGCUGCUCAGGCGGUCGGGGAAAAGCUGCCGCCUGCGCUGGGUCAACCAACUCAAGCCAGGCUUGCAGAGGUAUGGUGGCAAGGGCUGCAAACGGUUCAGCGAAGCAGAAGAAAGCGUGGUUUUAGCCCUGCAGAGAGCCGUGGGCAACAAGUGGGCGCACAUUGCGCGUCACCUGCCCGGGCGCACGGACAACGACGUGAAGAACUUCUGGAACCUUCACCUCAAGAGGCAGGCCCGGCUGAAAGCACGCGGGGGAGGGGCGCGCCUUGAGGGGGAUGGUGGGGAGGGUGAUCGGGGUGACCAGAAUGGUGGUAACCACGAUGGUGGCAACCAAGAUAGUGGUAACCGCAUUGGUGGUAACCAAGAUAGUGGUAACCGCAGUGGUGGUAACCAAGAUAGUGGUAACCACAUUGGUGGUAACCAGAAUGAUGGAGGUCAGAAGGAUGAUAAGCAGGCCAGCGGUGAUGGUGGUUGUGAAGUGGGCCGCGACAGCAGCAUGAACAGUGGCAGCCCGGGGCAUGAGGGUGGGAUAACAAUGAGUGAGGGUGGGACUCGUGGGGCAUAUGGUGGUCAUGAGGACGGUGCAGGUACCGAUGACAAGCCCCUUCCUCAUGCCCCCCCUGCUGCUGUUGGCACUGGUGCUGCCGCUGCCGCUUCCUGUGCUGGUGCAGCAGCAGCAACCGCUGAGGAGAAUGCAAUCAAGGGCACAACCACCGACACUCCCACCCCACCUGCCACAGAAGCAGCACCCGCCUCCACCUCCUCUCUCCCCGUCCCCUCCUCCCUGCCGCCCCACAUGCACCAACACGCCAAGCCGCUCCUCCCGCGCGCCCGCCCCUCCUCCUCCUCCGGGAGGCCUCUCUCGGCCGGCACCCGCCCCUCCUCCUCGUCCGGGCGGCAGUCAAAGCUGUCACUGCACCAAAGACGCCUGCAGCGUAACUCCUCUGGAGGAGGAGGCGGGAGCGGGCUUGGCGCUACUGGGGGUGGGGGUGGCUGUUCGCGCUGUGCUGGCUGCCGCAGUGCCAGUGGCAAUGGCAACGGGGUUGGUGGCAAUGGCAAUGGCAACGGGGUUGACAGCAUGACGGGCACUGGUGCUGCCACUGCUGCUGGUGCGGCGGGGAGUGGUGACGAGGAGCGGGCAGCAGGGAGCCCCAGGGAGGCCGCAGGGGAAGCUGCUGGAGAAGCCAUGGAUGUGACAGGAGCAGGGAGCAGCCUCUCUGCUCUCAAGAUAGGUGAGCCCAACGCACAGCUGAACACACUCAUCAACCUGGAAGACUGGAUCAACUCCCCCUCACCUGCUGCUGCCGCUCCCCCUCGCCGCACGGGCUGCUCGCCCUUCUACAUCAACCUCUCCCCCUCCGCCCGCCGCCUCCGCUCCCCCGGCUCCCCCUCCCCCCGCUCCCUCUACCUCCGCUCCCCCUCCCCCCGCGCCCUCCCCUCCCCCCGCCACCGCUCCUCCCCAGCCCAUCGAGUCUUCCCCCAUCCUCCCCCGCACCCCUCGUCCCGCCACUCCCCCCUAUCUGCGUGUGUGAGUGGCAGCAGUCCUCCCAGUGCAAGCCUCAAGGCCAAUGCGGGCGUGCAUGGCAUUCGCGUGUGGCACCUGGGUGCACCUGCUGCCGCGCUCGUGCCGCCCGUUAUUGAUGUCUCUGCUGCUGCUCAUAUGGGUCUGGGGCAGUCUGGGGAGUCCCCUCCUGGGGUGAUAGAUUCCAUACUCUCCGCACAACGCCAGUUUCUUUACCCAACACCAUUAGCCAUGGCCUCCCUGCCCGACCACGGCGCGCUGCGUCCUCGCUCAGCAUCACCUGAAAUCGACUGGGACAGGUUGGACAAGACGCGCAUGUUCGUGGUGGGCGCGGGGCUCUUCAGCGGGCUGACCGUGGCGCUCUACCCGCUCUCCGUCAUCAAGACGCGCCUCCAGGUCUCCCCGCUCCCGCUCUCCGCCGCCCAUGCCGCCUCCGCUUCUUCCGCUCCCCCAUCCGCCUCCGCUUCCGCUUCCCCUGGCGCGGGCGCGCCUGCUGCUUCCGCAAGGCCUGCGGCGCAGGCGGGCAAUGCGGGGCUGGCGGGAGCAGGAGAGGCGGUGGGAACGGGGGGAUUGGGAGCAGUCCGGGCGGGGGAGGCGGGGGGAGCGGAAGCCCGCGUUGGGGGGAACGGCGCAGGGGCAGCAGCGGGCACGGCAAGACCAGGCGGAGACACAAGGGUAACUACAGGUGCAGCACCAGUGGCGCCGGGAGCAGCAGGAGCAACGGUAGGGGGAAGAUCCGCAGGAGGAGGGGCUUCUGCAGCAGCAGGGGGAACAGGGGGAGGAGGGGGAGGAGUGGGCGGAGCAACAGGCGGAGCAACAGGAGCAACAGGCGGAGCAGCGCCGCGAGCAGCGGCGGGGGGCAGGGGCCCGUCGUCAGUGACCCUAGCAGUGGGCAUGGCGCGGCACAUAGCGCGCACGGAGGGCGUGAGGGGGUUCUUCCGCGGCAUGGGGACUGUUGUGGCGGGGAUGCUCCCUGGGCGGAUUAUCUAUAUGGCCGUGCUGGAGGCUGUUAAGGCCAACACGCUCAAGGGGAUUAACGCGGUAACGGAGCAGCCUUUAGAGGGGACGUUUGACGAUGCUGGUAGCAGUAGCGGCGGCAGUAGCAGCAGCAGCAGUGGCAGUGGUGGGAGUGGUGGGGGGAGUGGGAGCAGAGGUGGGAGUGGCGGUGUGGUGGGUGGCACGGGGCGGUGGCUGCAUUUGUCUGAUACGGCAGCAGCAGGGCUGGCGAGUGCUGUGGCCGGCAUGUGCGCGUCUCUUGCCACCCAGGCCGUUGUUGUGCCCGUGGAUGUGAUCAGCUCUCGCCUCGUUGCACAGCAGGGCGACCUGCCACACCACGCCACCAGAACCGCACACGCUGCAUCAGGAGCGCCCUUAGCAGCCGCCACAGCAGCAUCAUCUGCCACACCAGCUGCAGCAGCAGCAGCACGGGCAGCAGCAGGGGGAGGGGCGGGGGCAGCAGCGGGAGCUGCAGGGGCAGCAGCAGUGCGGUAUAAGGGGGGGAUUGACGCACUGGUGACGAUACUGAGAACGGAGGGGCCGCGCGGGCUGUACCGUGGGUUUGGGCUGUCGGUGCUCACGUAUGCCCCCUCGGGGUUCAUCUGGUGGGGCACCUACGGCGCCACGCAGCGACUGUUCUGGAGUUCGUAUGACCGGUUGUGGGCACCAGCAGGCAACAGCGCAGCGGCAGCGCCCCCGCUCGCACUGGUGGUGGGCGUGCAGGUGGGAGGGGGCAUGGUUGCGGGGCUGGCGUCUGCCCUCGCCACGACGCCACUAGACACCGUCAAGACGCGCAUUCAGGUGGGGCGCAGGAGCGGGGCGGCAGUGACGGUGGCAGCGGUGGUGCGACAGCUAGUGGAGCAGGACGGGGUGAGAGGGCUGUACCGUGGCUUCGCCCCUCGCUGUGCCAGCACCAUGCUCUGGGGCACUGCCAUGGUCUCCACCUAUGAGUACCUCAAGCGCCUGUGUGCCAAGGACAGCACUGACGAGCUUUGA